UUCAUGGUAGGGGUGCUCAAUCGUGGGUGCAUGCAUCUGUACAAGCUUCUUCCUUACUUACGAACUUUUUUUCGGAACAUGCUUUUAAGGCUAUAGUAGGACUCCCAUUGUCUAUUGAAGUUAUGAGUGCAGUCUUCAACGGGAAAACGGAGGGGAAAUGUAGAUACAUACUAGACCGGUGGCAGACAAUGUUCAAGCGCUGGGAUCUUCAGGAAAUUGUGGAGGAAAGUUAUCGAACAUUAGAUCCUAAGGAAAAACACAUAUUUCUUGAUAUUGCCUGCUUCGCCACCGGCAUAGAUUUUCGAAUUGCUCGGUACAUGUGGUAUGAUUCCUCUUUUCCGCCUUCCCGUGAAAUAUUGACUCCCCUAGCGAAAGUUGAAGAAAACAAUCAGAUAUGGAUGCAUAGCAUGUUGAGGCGACUUGGCAGAGAAAUCGUUCGUGCAGAGAGUCAUACAGAUCCAGGAAGGCGGAGUAGAUUAUUUAAUCAUGAAAUAGCUCUUGACACGAUAAAGCGGAAAAAGGGAACUGAAAAUGUUAGGGCACUCUGCCUUAACUUUCAGUGGCAUACUUUAGUCAAACUCACACCAGAAGACUUUAGGAGCAUGCCAAACCUACAGUAUCUUCAAUUGGAUCAUGCAGACAUUACCGGAGAUUUCGCUUACAUUUUUCCAAAUUUAAGGUGGCUUCGUUGGCGAGGGUGCCCUCAACAACUGCAAGUAACUAAUUUUCGCUUGGUAAACUUAACCAUUCUUGACUUGUCAUCGAGCAAAGUCACGAAAGACUGGAAAGGCUGGGAUCAAAUAGAGAUGAUGAACUUGAGAGUUCUAGAUCUUACAGAAUGUGGUGACUUAUUAGUCACUCCUAAGUUCUCUGGCUGCAAAAAUCUUGCCAUAUUGAUUCUGGAGCGAUGCUCACAGUUGAUCAGGAUAGAUCAUUCGAUUGGCAACUUGCAGCACUUGGUUACCUUGAAUUUGAAGUUCUGCACAGAGCUUAGCAUGUUGCCGGUAGAAGUGGGUCACCUAAUAGCUCUGAAAGAGCUUCUCAUGGAUGGGACUUCAGUACGAGAAAUUCCCAUCUCCAUUGGUAAUUUAAAGCAGCUUGAAACUCUGAGUGCCUCAAAUUGCUUCUGCUUGAGUCAGCUACCAAGAACAAUAUGUCACCUGAUGAAUAUCUCACUUCUUUCACUGGAUGGCACAAGAAUCACAGCACUUCCCGAUUCUGUUGGAGAAUUGGUCAGACUUAAACACUUGUCAUUAAGGGAGUGCUGUCAAAUAAGAAAACUUCCGAACUCCAUUGGCAACAUAGGGAGAUCCUUAGCCGAGUUAGACGUGUCGGGAACAGGCAUCGUCAAGUUUCCGCAUUCGCUAAAAAAUCUGCGGAACUUGAAGGUGCUGAGAAUGGAUUCUUGUUUCUUCAGAGAGUUCCCUCCUGAUAUCGGAAAGCUAACCAACCUCGAAGAAAUACAUGCCUGCUGGUGUCUGAGUCUCGAGGGGGGCAUUCCAAGCAAGAUUGGAAAACUGCAUAAUCUGAGAAUCUUGAGGCUGCGACAUUCAACUAUUUCCAGCAUACCGGCAGAGAUCCACCAACUUUCAAAUCUUCGAACCCUUGAUUUACUUCACUGCGACAUGAUCAAAGAGUUGCCAGAGCUCCCCUCUAGCAUAACGGUUUUGUAUGUAGACGAUGAACUGAAGUCGUCGCAUCUGCCAUAGCUAGGAAGGCUAUGCCACUGAUGAAGACUAGGCUCUAGAGACCCUGGCAAAAUGAUGGCCUUUCCAUUUACCUUAUGUUUUCACUCCAGAUUUGAAAGUGGAUACCACGGACAAGAUGUGUUUUUCUGAAGUUUGCAAGGUCGUUUCAUCUGAAAACACGGUGACUUUAUAUGUGCGUUUAUGUGCAAUCAGGAGCUUUGGGGGUCUACUAACUUGGGCGGUACCCAGAUCAGCAUAUAGACUUUGAUGAUAGUCUCCGAAGAUUGGUAUUGCUAGCAAAUACCUCGUCAUCUCGUAAUAGAAAUAAGACAUGUAUAUACAUCUCUAUUUUUUAUUUUAUUUUUUUGGUGGUGUCCUAGAGAGUCCCUUUUCAAAAGGGAAAUUUGUACUAGUAAUUCAUAAAGUUUGGCCG